GAGACGACAAUGGAAAUAUCAGACGAUCCUCCCGGUUUGGGUGUUCUAGGAACACCGGUUAAGCCUCGGCAGUUUCAGAAAUUCUAUGUUCGACGAAAAAGUAUCAAGCUUUUGAACAUGUCACAUAACAAUGGCCCUGCAGUUUCUCCACAAGAGAUCAAAGCUUCUGAAUUGGUGAAUGCAGCUUCUUUGACAGACUCCAACGCAGACAAUGUUAGCAAAGAGGAGCUUGAUAAGAAUGGUUUUCCCCAUGUUGGUUGUGGUUUCAUAGCUAUGAAAAACAGUGAAGAAUCAGAAGUUCCUAAAGAUGAUUCACAAUGUGUUCAUCGGACAGAUCAUUCAAAAGAGGAACUUGGAGCAAAGUGUGCGAAGUCAAAAUUUCCUCAAGUAUACCAUAAUGGGAAAGAAAAAAAGACGAACCCCAAAGGAAUACCAAAAAAGCAGAGAUUCCAUAGACCAAGGAUUUUGGAAGAAGGAAGAAAACCAAGGAUUCAUACUACUACUCGGUUGAGAACUAUAUCCAUGAAAACAAGUAAGAAGGAGAAAGACAAUGAAGAGGAAGCUAUAGUUGAGCCUGUGACUCCAGAAAAGCAGAGUUUUCCAAAGAGAAGAAAAAACGAGGCCAGAAGAAAGGUAGCUCGAAAUUUGAUCUUUGAUGAAGAAACUGUUCCUAGUUGUCUCGAGCUCAGCAGGAUUUUAGGACAUAAUUUUCCAAGAGGGAGAAAGAGGAUGGCCACAUUUCCUAGAAGAGAUUUUCAUGUUCUGAUAUCACCAAUUUCAUUAUUUCCCAUGCCAAUUUGGAAAAAGAAAUCAAGAAGGUGUAACCGUAGGAAAAAUUUGGUCAGAUGGGCUAAAAUUGCUUUGUCUUUUGAAUGUCUUGAAGAAACUUUGUCGUUGGUAGCAAUUCAUGCAGAAGACAAAGGCAUAAAAAACAGAUUUAAAAGCAAUGUAGCACCGAAGCUGGAUUUGAUGCACUCUAAACGCAAAAAAAGAACUAAAAAUACUGUUGAACAUCCUAAAGUCCCAAAACAAAGGCUUAAAAAGCCUAAGGGUAUUGACAAGCUCCUAAUUAAAGAAACAAGUCAUGGGAAAAAUAAUGAACUUUUAUGUGUAGAAGAUUUUCCAAUUCAAAUUGAAGAGACACUCAUGACAUUUUCUAGUUGUGUUGCUCCAAAGGUACGCAAUAAAAGAAUGAAAGACAUUGCUGAGAAUUUAAUCCAGCAAUUGAAUUAUCAAAAAGAACAUGGUCUAUCAUCUCUAGCCGAUGUUCCCUUGCACAUCGAAGAUACUCUUAUGAGAUCUGUUAAUUAUGAAGUUCCAAAACAGCCUAUAAAAACAACUAAGGAUGCCUCUAAGUUGAUCAAAGAGAUGAGCAAAUUAAACAUCAAUAGAAGAGUAACAAGUUUGGGAAAGGCAAAGAAAAAACUUGUUACUGCAAAGGUUAAACUCGAUCCUGAAACCAUUAAAGAGUGGGAGUUGUUAAUGGUGAAUGAUUCUCCAGACAGAGCAUAUGCUGACAAGGAAACAGAGUCCAAAUGGGAAGAGGAAAGAGAGAUCUUUCAAAGUCAUAUAGAACUUUUCAUCAACCGGAUGCAUCUUUUACAAGGCAAUAGAAAAUUCAAGCAGUGGAAAGGCUCUGUUGUUGAUUCAGUGGUUGGAGUAUUUUUGACCCAAAAUGUUUCUGAUUUUCUUUCAAGCAAUGCUUACAUGAGUGUGGCUGCAAAAUUUCCCGUUGCUGCAAAGCAAAAUUUGGAAAGUCUACCAUACUUCGUUGAGGAAUCUCAAGAGGUUAAGGACUCAGUUGUUGAUGGUCCAAGACCAACUCAUAAUGGGAAUGAUGAUGCUAAAAAUCCACUUGAGUUUGUCUCGUUGCCAGAAAAAUUGGAACAGCAUGAAGAAGAUGCGAAAACAAAAAACAAAAAGAUUGGUAUUAUGGAAGAUGAGAACGUUGAUUGGCCGAGUUUGAGAAAAAAGUACACAAAAGAAGGAUUUCGGGACAUGAUGCAUAUGGACACUGUUGAUUGGAAUGCUGUGAGGUUAUCUACUCAAAAAGUUCUUGCUGACACCAUCAUAAAACGAGGACAGCAAAAUGGCCUUGCUAGGAAAAUUUUGAAAUUCUUGAACAUGGAAGCAAAACAAAAUGGAACGGUAGAUCUUGAAUGGCUUCGAAUGGCUCCAUCGGAUCUAGUGAAGAGAUAUCUAUUGGAGAUUGAAGGGAUAGGGUUAAAAAGUGCUGAAUGCGUACGACUGUUAGGACUUAAACAUUCUGCUUUCCCGGUUGACACAAAUGUUGGGCGUAUAGCAGUUCGGCUUGGUUGGGUCCCUCUUGAACCUUUAUCAAAUGGAGUUCAAAUGCAUCAGCUAUUUCAUUACCCUUCAAUGGAUUCAAUUCAGAAAUACCUUUGGCCACGGCUCUGUAAACUUCCUCAAGAAACUCUGUACGAGCUACAUUAUCAGCUGAUAACAUGUGGAAAGGUUUUCUGUACAAAGGUUAUUCCUAACUGUAACGCGUGCCCAAUGAAGUCAGAGUGCAAAUAUUUUGCAAGUGCAUAUGUCAGUUCCAAAGUUCUUCUUGAAGGUCCAGAAGAAAAGAAACAUGAGUCAGAUACAUCUAUGCCUUCAUAUUCACAUGAUGAUGUUGAUGUGCAUAUGGCAUCAAAGAUAACCUCGAUAGAAGAAUGUGUUUCUUCCGAAUACAGUAAUCAAGCUAACUUUUGUGAACCAAUGGUUGAGUUUCCGUCUUCUCCAAUCGCGGAAAUUCUAGACAUCGAAGAUACUCCUUGGAGAAGCCCUCGUCAGAUAUAUGCUGAAGAAAUUCCUGAAAUUGACAUUGACAUAGAUGCGCUGAAGAAAAACAUAGUGGAUGCACUUUUAACAGGUGGGAAGAUGCUGCAGAGUUGCAAUGACGAGAUAUCAAAGGCAUUAGUAGUUCUGACUCCAGAAAACGCAUGCAUUCCAAUGGAGCUGCCUCGUAAAACAAAGUAUUAUGAUAGACUAAGAACUGAACACGUGGUUUAUGUGCUUCCUGAUCACCAUGAGCUUCUUCAUGAUUUUGAGAAAAGAGAAUCUGAUGAUCCUAGUCCAUACCUUCUUGCCCUUUGGCAACCAGGUGAAAUGUCAUACUCGUUUACACCACCAAAGAAGAAGUGUAACUCAGACGGAUCGAUACUCUGUACGAUUAAGACUUGUUCUUAUUGUUGGGCUAUAAGGGAACAAAGCUCCAACGUUUAUCGUGGAACAAUCCUGAUCCCUUGUAGAACAGCAAUGCGAGCAGGCUUCCCACUCAAUGGAACAUAUUUCCAAACCAAUGAGGCAAAUCAUGAGACGAGUCAGAGACCUAUUGUCUUUAGUAGACAAUUGUGUGAUGGGUUAGAGAAGCGAGCACUAUACUGUGGUUCAUCAGUGACUUCCAUUUUUCGAUUUGUAGACGAAAGAAGGAUUCAACUAUGCUUUUGGACUGGGUUUGUAUGUAUGAGAGCAUUUAAUCGAAAGCAUCGAAAUCCAGAGGUACUCGUUCGAAGACUACACACCCCACCUGACGAGAGAGGAGAAAAGUACAUGAGAGACGAAUAA